CGUCAUCAGAGGUCUAUGUGGUCUAUGGACGAUGCACUCAACUACUAACGUCGAGGAUUGGUGAGAUUGUAUCCUCUAACCGGACAUUAAUCAGCUGUUUUAAUUUGCUUCAUUUCAUGCUCAGGGAGACAAUGUGGCCUCUUGGGAUAACAGUGAUUGCAUGGAUGCUUAUCCCCACACAAGGUGCUAACUGUUGGAGUAUUCAGCAAUGCUCCGAGUGUGAUGCGCAGACACAAGGAUGCCUCACAGAGUGCCAUAGGGGAUAUUUCGGCGCCACAUACAGGGAUGUUUGCAGCACAAGGUGCAGGAACAACACAUGUCACCUGCUUCCUGAUAGGGGUAUUGGGAGAUGUACUUAUGGCUGCAUCCCGGGAUUCCAAGGCUCAAACUGCCAGAGGCCAUGUUACAAUAACAAUGGCAACUGUACCAGAUGCCCAGGUGGAUGUGAUGGCGAGUAUUGCCAGAUGGGUGGAGUUUGUUUCUCUGGCUGCAGCGACUCAUACCACGGAGCAGGAUGUAGGACGUGUUCCAGCAGAUGUAAGUCCUGCAACAGGAUCACAGGAACAUGUGAGGAGUGUCAGCCUCCAUAUUCUGGACUGGACUGUAGAUCCUCGUGUGAGCACUGUGUCGGUGGAUGUGAGAGUGGCUGCCAACAGGGAUGCAGACAAGGAUUCUAUGGAGACAACUGUACUGAAGCAUGCAGUGACACCUGCCGAGCUGAUCCCUCCCUGUCUACUGAUGAACAAUGUCCUGAGGGAGACUCAUGUACCCCAGAGUGCCACAGCCAGACUGGCGAGUGUGUUCACGGUUGUGUAGAUGGCUGGUACGGCCCGAAGUGUUCAAGGCGAUGCAACUCUGACUGCACACAUCAAAGGUGUAACCGCGCAGGUGCGUGUAUUGAAGGAUGUGCACAGAGACAUAUUAAGUAUGGAUGUGAACGAUGCCUGGAGAAGUGCCUCAACCUCACCUGUGCCUUAAACAUCGGACCUUGUUGCAAUGGUUGCAACAGUGGUUUAGCUGGGGAUGGUUGCAACCUAUCAUGCAAUUUAUGUCAGGAUGAUAUUACUGACACAAGCUCCAGUUUAUGUAUACCUGUGUACAACAUCACUCGAUACACGUGUAGGUACAACUGCACAAACAACGCCUCAUUAUCUAAUUGUUCUACGGGAUCCUGUGACACAGACGUGCAGAACCCAGAGGCCUCCAACACUGUGACCUUGACACUAGUUGUGUUGAAUAUUAUUAUCAUCCUUGUGGCUAGUUUCACAUGUUACGUCUGUUACCGUAAAGGAUUGAGUACGAAAAGGAAACACGGUGCUAAUGAUGAGGCCGUGAACGCGGCACAGACAGAUGCCCCCAGCAGGGAGUACAUGUCACUACAUCACUAUGAGGAUAUGACUGAGGGAGACAGAGUUGGUCAGCUACCAGACGAGAUCCAAGAAGGCGCCAGUACAGAGCAGUGUCGACUUGUUCCUGUCACAGAAUUUUCCCUUGAUUGAUAUCGUAGAUGACGUCAGUCCAGAUAGCUAUGCCAGGAGCUCACUGUCAUAAAAACAGCUGAUCUGUGAGCACUAUGUUUGGUCUUUGCAUGCAUAAAACAUACUAUUCUGAUCCUGCAAUGAAAAUGUGCUGUGCACCUAGGAACCUGCAGACGAAAGCUCUAACUUCUUUAACGUGAAACAGAUCACACGAAAAUAUCAGUUGAUUUAACUUUUAUAAAGCAAAAUGUUAUGGAAACAAAUAACCUCCAAAAUUGGCGUUGAACGUAUUCUAUCAAACAUAUGCUUUCUGAAAAAUACAACUCUUAUAACCUAUUAUUCAAAUUUAAUUAUUUAUGUUUUGAAAUUUAUUCUAUAGGAAUACAACUUGUGUUGGUUUAUUUAGAUACUUUACCGUGGCUGCUGCCUUAGGCUUAUACGGCGGGCGUAUUCAAUGUCAUAUUUUACACAAUAGAACACAUUGCUUGACGUCAUGUCAGUCAAUGCUCAAGUGUCAAAACAACGAUGUCGUAAAAUGUUGUAAAAGAGAUGCACUGUGAGCGUUAUAGACUACCUAUAGUGGAAUUAUGAAUCAAUGUUAAGUCAUCUUAGUGAUAUGCUUUCUUCGAACAUGUAAAAUACUGUACAUAUAUUUCACAUGGUCUUCUUUGUUUCCGCAUUUCAAUACGUUUGUAU